AUGUAUCCAUAUACACAGUCUGGGCGCUGUGCUGUUAAGCGUUCUGGGAGUAACGACGGCCAUAUCUGGGAUCUUCCUGGCUUUCGCUGGAUUUUGGGGAAGGAGAAGCUGCAUGACACUAUCAGCCUUUUCCCAGUUAACAGCUCAAGCCCAGAGAAAGAAGCUGAAGAGAUUCAGCAGCACGCUACUGAGGAUGGCUCAACUUAUUUCCCAGAGGUUGUCAGAACUGUGCCAAGCUUAAGGCAAGCCUGUGGGAACAAGAAACUGCAGAUAUGUCAAGCACAAUGUUUACCGGUUUGUCCUGAAGGGGAUUCUGGCCAGGAGCACAAGUGCCACCCCAAUUCAAAGAGGAUCAGCCAGUCGGCUGUGUCGGAGCAGUCAUAUCCACGCAUGUCAUGCAUCUCCCGAGUGCCGUUAAAACUCCUGAUCAAAGUAAGUGGCCAGAGAGAUGGUGUGGGCAUCAGCAUUGCUGGAGGCAGGGGCUCCCUACCCUAUAUAGAGAAUGAUGAGGGGAUCUUUAUUUCACGAGUGAGUAAAGGAGGGCCAGCUGAGAAGGCAGGCAUUCACAUUGGAGACAGAGUACUAGAGGUCAAUGGGCAGGACAUGCAAGGGGUCAGCCACCAUGAGGCGGUCAGCACCCUGCGGCAGGCAGGCAGCUGUAUUAAGAUGAAAGUGCUGCGGCAGAGACUUGAACCCGCAGAGAAUCAAGCAUCCCAGGAGCCUGAAGACUUGAAAACAGGGCUUCUGAUUGGUCACAAGGAGACUGGAAUUAAUUGCUGCUUUGUAGCUAACAGGAUUGACGCUGUGGUCUGCAAUGGCAAAGGCUUGAGUGACCUGGCACAAGAGACAACACCAGGAAAAGAUGUGUUUAAAAACAGCAGUCUGCGGGUUGGGCAGCACACCAUGACAAUACCUCGGAUUAUUCUGACUCAUCCCUCUACCUCAGAUGAAGAUGUGGACAGACUGACACUUAGCGACCUUGAUGAACUCAAUAAUCCUGCUCAGCACAUCUAUUCUGAACUAAACAGUGCUUUUUAUCCACCAUGAAAAAUCUAAAUACACUGAUUUGUAUGAGAGACCCCGUCACACCAAGUUCUCUCUGGCUGUGAAGAUUUAACCAUGUACAGAGGCGUACCACUCGUGAUUGUGUUUAUUAUUCUGUUAAUUACAUGAUGAGUGUAAUUUCUAUAUAGGAGAAACUGUUAUUUUCUUUUCCUGGCAAGUAAGACACAGUUAAUGGAUAGCAAAUGCUCAGCAAUUUGAAUUUCUAUGAGCAACGCACUCGAAUCUUAUUAGCAGUGAAUUGUCCUCCUUCCUAUGUGGGUGUCAAAAGUUAAUGAAGUAAAAUGGAAAACAGUUUCUAAUCAUGGUCUAAAAAGCAGCACGUCUUUUUCCUCAGUAGAAUAUAUUGCAAUGUCUGUACUUAUCAAGCUCGGCUGCAAAGUGAACUACUCACUGCCCAAUUAUUCGACCAGCCUUUGAGUUAAAUUUAAUGUAUGCCAGAAACAUGCACUGCAUUUGCAGGAAUGAAAAUGUUUUUUCAGUGCUAAAGGGGGACUCGAUCCCAAUUUAUUUUUAAAUUUAUUUUUCCAGGCGUUCCAAUUUCAGUGAAAAAAUGGGAUUUGCAUGAUUGUUGACUUAUUUCCAGUUGGCCCAGUUUAACCAGUUUAAUAUUCAUGGUUAGACUAACUAUUAUUUCUGCAUUUAUGUACAGUUCUAUUAAAUCAACUCGUCAUGAAAUUACUAUGUGUCAAAAGCCAUCAGUAUUCCAUCAGAAGCUUGGAAUUGACAUAAAACACAGGUUUGUUGAAUCUGAUCUUGCUCUUUGUGCUUAGUACGCCAAGGAUGGCCGACAGUGAACUUUUUUUUUUUUUAACAACCGGAGAACCGAUUGUUUUUAAGCUGUCUAAUUUUAUAUAAAUGAAGGUGAGGUAUUUGAUAGUGAGUCACUCAGGCUGUAGCAAAGUAAGGACAAACAAACUCUCACCUUGUGUAAGUAUACAGAUAUUGAUAGACUGGAUGCAUCCAUUAGCCCUAGUGUCCAUGUUAAACCAUUUUAUUUUGACAUAAUACAUUAAAUCCUAAUUAACCACAUAGGUAUAGUAUGUACUAUGUCCUUUUACAUUGCAUAGUCCAUACAGAGAUAAAUUCAUGGUCCAUAAUAUAUUCAUAAUAUAAUGCUUCAUUACCAUACAGUUUAAA